UCUGUUUCUUCGUAUCACUGACUACCACCCUUAAAAUCUCUGCAACAUGGCUCUCAAUUGGGCUAUGAUCGAUGCUAAUCAGCGGCCAGUGCCUCUCCCCGAAGAGAAGAUCUGGCUCGCAGUGGAAAAGUGCCAGAUGAGUCUGGAGUUCAAAGAGGCGAAAGCCAAGUGGGAGGCCAAAGGGACGGUCUACGUCACCAACCAACGCGUCGUAUUCCUCCGAAUCCCGCCUCUACCUCAGCCUGCGGAACAGUCGGAAGCCUCGCAGCAUCUACGCUCUCUCAAUGUGCCUCUGACCCAUCUGGUCGACUCUCGGUACCUGAUCCCCAUCUUUGGUGCUCCCUACUACGAGGCUUCAGUGCUACCUGUCCCAGGAGGCAACCUUCCAGAGGCUUGCUCUGGCGGGGCCGCUUCGAAGGGUCUGUGCAAGAUCUGGUUCAAUGAAGGUGGAGGCGCCGCCUUCAGAGACGCCGUCGAGGAGGUCCGCAAUCUAGCAAGGGGCGGCCAACAUGGGGAGCAACUUCCGCUUUACCAGCCGCCCUCUGCUCCCAGUGGCUCUGCAGCGCCCAGCAUUGCGGCUACUGCCAACUCUUCCCUAGAAAGUCGAACGGUCGCCGGCGACUACUCGGAACGAUCCUCCGUGGCAGGUCCCUCGUACACUUCCGGAAGGCCCUCUUCUCGUGCAUCCCAAUUGUCAGCGCAGGACCUUGAUGCUGCCCGCGUCGCUCACCGCGAGGAGGAGGCGGAACGCGAAGCUAUUCGCCAGAGGGCAGAAGCUGGCGCUGCAGCACCCGGCAUGGAAGAGACUCAGGUGAUCGCUGCAAGUCAAGCCCAGCAAGCAGGCCAAGCAAUGGACGAUGAUGAGCCACCAGCCUACGCCAUGGUGAGUCCAGUAACUACCUAUGUACGAGCGCAAGAGGGGGAGAGCAGCUGCGAAUCCGGCAGGCAGCGCAGAGCCAGGGAGUUCAAAGUCUCCUUGAGCAGGGUAAUGCGCUCGGACGAAGGCAGAGAUCGCAUACUGCAACUCUGCCUAGGCCUGGCUCUCCUCACUCAUCAUUCCUUUGGCUCUGUCCGACACCCUCGCUCAUACGGCAUGUACCCUAUACCCCACAUCUUCUUUUUCUUCUUUUCCCGCUCCGUCAGGCGUGAGGCUCUGACAGGGAUGCGAUAUACAGGGCAGGCGGCGGAGAAGUCCAGGAAGUUGCUGCUGCUGCUGAGAUGGUUGCGGGGUCUGCUGUGGACAGCAAGGCAGGAGAGGGAGAGCUCUCGUGCUCACGACAAAAGAAUGACAGAAGCGCGGAGUACACAACAUACACUAGAACAAAGACGACGAAACAACAGCGAUACCCAUGAAACUCAAUCAACAAAGAUCAACCCUGAAGAGCUUACAUACUGGCAGCAAAGAUUGGCCCAUCUUGGCGAAGUUCUAGCUUCGGUGGGAGAAGCGGCAGACAUUGCGGCUUUCCUGGGUGGGUCGACGAUUGCGUGGAAGACGAUACGCGGAGGUUAUGGAGAGCCGGGCAAGAAGGCUCUGAGACGACGGCAGCGGCACAUAUUGGAUCGGAUAGCCCUGAGGUGAGACUGUUCCUUUAGCGACAGCUAGCCACCUCCCGCUGACUCUUGCUAACGAUAGCUGACGCUUUUCUCUCUCCUGAAUGUCUACAGUGUUGGCAUUGUCACGCUUCUCAUCCAUGCGUACACCUUGUCGGCACUGCGACGUCGAUCGCGCAGGGCUCUGGGCCAUCUGAACCGACGCAUGCUACUCCUGACAGACGACCUGGCUGAUG